AUGAUUGACCUAGGUCAAUCUAAAAUAUAUACCUAUGAAUCGAUUCGCACUUCGUCAUCCAGCAAAAAUCUUAUCACAAUUUUAACUCCAAAACCUUCGUCAAAACUAAUUCCAAUCCUACAACAGCUCGAUUCAAACUUCGCAGAUAAUUUCACAACAAACGUACUGAUUAUGCAUACCAGUGAGCCGUAUACAGCUGAUUUAUUACGUUUAACUGCGAGUACUCGGCGGCAAGUAUUGUUUCUUAAUGUCGACAAUAUUUUUUAUUUAUUUCCCGCCAACUUCGAUCCUUGUCACACGAAAACAACAUAUCGUGUAAGAGGAAAAUGGAAUUAUCAGUUUAUGAUACGAUUUUGGUUUAAGACAUUUUUCGAAUUGCCACAAUUACAAGGAUAUGAAUACAUUAUGCGUCUUGAUGAUGACUCAGAACUGAAAGGUAAAUGGAUCAAUGUUUUCGAGGAGAUGCGCAAUAAGAAGGCAGUCUAUUUUGCGAAUAAUCUUGAUAUAGAUCUCGAGAAAAUAUUGCCUGGUACAAUGAUCCUCAAAAACGUCAUUUUUGAAUAUGUGAAAAACAACAACAUUACGGCAAAGCAGCCGGAAAUGUUACGCGAUGCUUUUACCUCGGAUUCAGUUCAUAACUAUUAUAAUAACUUUGAAGUAACAAAUACUGAAUUUUUUCGACGUGCAGAUAUUUCUCAUUGGGUGCAAGCCGUUGACUCAACACAUGGUAUUUUCAAAUAUCGAUGGGGUGAUGCCAUAUUGCGAUACCUUACUGUAGCUCUGUUUGCAGAACAGCAAUAUGUUUUGCAUCGACGUAACUAUAAUAUGUCCUACUGUCAUAAAUGUUAA